AUGAAUUCAGAAAAAAUGUACAAUUUUUUUAAAAUAAAUAGUGGAGGAAAAACUGAUAUAAAUGGCUAAAAGAAUGGUUGGUGGGUUGAGUUGAAUGAUAGCAUAAUUGAGUAUUUAUUAUAAUAAGAAUCAGAAGCCACAAUCAAGUUUCUCAUUAUUGUGGUGAAUAUUAGGAAGGGAAAAAAAUAGGUAGAUGGGAUACAAAAAUUAAAUUUAAUAUUUUUGAUGAAUUUUAAGUGAUGUAAGGAAAUAUUUUUAAUAAAAGCGGGGGAGGAGAAUACGAUUUGAAUGAAAUGAAAAUAGGAUAAUGGGUGGAAUUAAUUACAAAUUUUUCUUAGUAUUGUUCAAACUAAAUAGAAACAAUUAAGUGCAAUAUUUAGGUUUUUAUAAAAAAGGAUAAAAGUAUGGUUAAUGGAAUACUUUAUUGAGAUAAGAAAAUGAUUUUGAUAUUAUGUAAUUAUUAUAGAUUAUUCAUUAAGUGGAGGCGGAUUUUAUGAAAAAGGAGUCAAAAUUGGAAAAUGGAUGGAAUUGAGUUCAAAAAAUGACUGUAAAUUUAAUCACAUUGGAGAAUAUGAUAAAGGUUUAAAAAUUAAUAGAUGGAAUAUUAUAUUUACAAAGUAUGAUACUGAUGAUUAUAAAAUUAUGUAUGUACAAUAUUGAUUUCUAGUGGAGGAGGUUUAUAUAAUUUAAAAGGAAUAAAACAUGGUAAAUGGGUAGAAAUUUAGAAUGAACACGAAAAGUAAUUUUUUAUAAAAUUAGUUUUAACAUCGUUGCUUAUAUUGGAGAAUAUAAAAAUGGAAAAAAAAUUGGUAAAUGGGAGAUUAUUUAGGGUUCAACUGAAAUGAAUCAAUAUUAAAUGAUGUAUAAUUUAUUAUAAGUAGUUCAGUGGUGGAGGUUGUUAUGAUAUAAAUGGGUUAGAACAAGGGUUAUGGACAGAGAUAGAAUAAUUUUCAUUUAAGUUUAAUUAUUUAAUUAUUGAUAGAUUUUCUGUUAUAUCUAUUGGUAAAUAUUUAGAGGGGAAGAAAUGUUAAAAAUGGGAAACUAUGUAUCGACUUUAUAAAGAAGAUGAAUUUGUGAAAUUGUAAGUAAUUUUAUGCUAAAAAGGGGGACUGGUUGCUUUGAUAAAAAUGGAAUAAAACAGGGGGAUUGGGUUGAAAUACAUUCUAAUUUUGAAAAGUUUGUAUUUUUAAUAAUUAAUAGUCAUUAAAUAACUUAUCAUGGAUUUUAUUAAGAUGGAGUAAAAAUUGAUAAGUGGUAGACAUAUUACUAAGAGGAGGGCCAAGAUGAUUUCGCAAUUAUGUAUCAAAAUUAUUUUUAUCCUUAGUGGUGGUGGAUGUUUCGAUAAAAAUGGAUUUAAACAAGGUAAAUGGAUGGAAUUACAUGAAAACUUUAAUGAGUAUUUUUCUUAUUAAUACUUAGUGAUAUGAAAAUUAGCUAUUAAGGUGACUAUCUACUUGGUAAAAAGAUAGGAAGAUGGGACACUUUACAACUUUAAGAUGAUUAAUAUAUUUAAAAUUCUCAUAAGUAAUUUUUAUUUUAUAAAUUUUAGUUACAGCAGAUCAUCAAGCUAAAAUUAUAUGACACCUGAUGAUUCUUCAAUAGAUUCAUCAAGUUUUUAGGGCUUGUAUUAUAUAAUAAUUACUAGCAAUCCAAUUCAAAAUAAAUUUUAAUAAAAUUUUCAAAAAGAUUAGAAAAUGCAAGAAGAUUGUAAUGUACAUCAAGAAGAUGAUGGAUAAAUUAUAUUCAAUUCAAAAUAAUUCUAAAUUAUGUAAAUAAAUAAAUAUUAACUAUAUAGUGGAGGAGGAUAAUUUGAUAUGAAUGAAAAAAAGGACGGAUUUUGGAUAGAAAAUAAUUUAGUCAAUUCAUCUUAGUAUUUUAGAUUACAAAACUAGUUUUGAUUAGAUAUAGAGCAAGGGAAACUAUAAUCAAGGCAAAAAAGUAGGAAAUUGGAUUAUAGGUUGUUUUAGAUAUAUCGAAAAAAAGAUGUAUUGAAAAUUUAUAAAAAAUUAGGGGUGGUGGAUAAUAUGAUGAAAAUGGAAUUAAAUAAGGUAUAUGGUUAGAAUUAUAAUCAUAUCAAGAUAAGUAUAUUGAUUUAAGAUUUAAUAGCUAUUAUUUUGAUUAAUAAGAUUGUCUUAUUAACUUUGGAGAAUAUAAAGAUGGUUUAAAAAUAGGUAGAUGGGAUACUUUAUAAUUAUAGCCCCAAAAAAAAUUGUAUUAUUAAAUUAUGUAAUAUAAAUAAUGAAUAAUUUAGAGGGGGAGGAUUUUUUAACUAAAAUAGCAUAAAAUAUGGUGAAUGGGUUGAAAUAGUUAAAAAUUGUGGAUUGUAAACUUUAAACUUAAUUUAGUAGUUCUGACAUGAUUACAAUAUAUAAAGGUGAAUAUAAAAAUGGAAAGAAAUUUGGUAAAUGGGAAAUAAAAUAGAGCUCAAAUUAAGAUUAUUAUAAAUUUAGGCCAAUGUAAGAAUGAAUUUUAAUAAAAAGCUUUGGUGGUUUGUAUGAUAUGGAUGGUCGAAAAUAAAAUUUAUGGUUAGAAGAAUAAUGUGGAUCAUCUUACAAAUUAUCGUAUUAUUGAACUUAAAUUAUAGUUCAAAAAAUUUAAUAUUUUUUGGAAAUUAUAGAAAUGGAUAAAAAAUUGGCUAAUGGGAUUAUAUGGACAUAGGUGAAGAUGGCUCUACUUAAAUCUUCACGUAUAAUAAAAAUAAUAUUGAAUUAGAGAUGGAGGAUUAUAUGAUGAAAAUGGUAUGAAGCAUGGUAUGUGGUAUUUAAAUUCAAAAAAUUAAUUUACAAGGUAAUACUGUAUUUAUAUGAUUAAAGUAAAUUUUACAGUGUUGAAUAUAAAAAUGGGUUUAGAAUCAACGCAUGGAAACAAGAUUUAUAAAUGAUAAACUUGUUGUGA